AUGAGGGCUAAGUGGAAGAAGAAGCGUAUGAGGAGAUUGAAGAGGAAGAGACGAAAGAUGAGACAGCGAUCUAAUCUAGACCGAUUCUGCUGUGUUACUGAGCCGGAUUUGACUACAGAGCAAAUCGACUCAGCCCGGCACUUUCUUCCUAAGGUGAGAUCUGGAAGCAAUGCAACACUCGCCUACACCGAUUAUAAUCACGUCACUAAUCCGAAAUAUCAAACAGAUCAUGCGCAACAAGCUUGUUUUACAUAA